GCCUUUCCACACGGACCUGAGCAGCGUGAACACCAGUGUGCAACAUGAAGACAGACGCGGGAAACGCUACACAUCUUCAAGAAAAGUGUAUCUUUUUUUUAUAAUAAUGUUUCUUAAGUUAUAUGAGCAGGUUUUGGUGAAUUCAUAACCAAGUAGUAGGUGGCAAUGCAACGCCUCUAAAAACCAACGAAAAGAAGAACAUUAAAAUAAAGUAGAGAUCGAAGAAGAAGGAAUAUAUAACUGUCCUACAUCCUCGGUACCGUCUUAGUCAUCAUGGCGGACAUAUUAACGAGUGUUUUUAGGACUUUUAUGUCUCAAACUGACGUUAACAAGGAUGUAACGGUGGUUCCUCAUUCAGCUUGUAGUGCUCUGUUGCCAGGAGACAGCUCCGUCAUCCGCUCAGUGCUGUUGCCAGGAGACAGCUCCGUCAGCAGCUCGGUGCUGUUGCUAGGAGACAGCUCCAUCAGCCGCUCGUUGCUGCUGCUGUCUGCGGUGAUGGCGGCCUCUGAGCUGGGGGUGAGGGUCGUGUUCUUCACCCAGACUCAGAUCCAGAGCCUCCCGGUGUGUCUGCAGAAAUGUGUCCCCAGCCCAGAGAGUCUCAAGAAAAUCAAGUUUUCCUAUCCCAGGACGUUGGGGGAUCUGCUGCAGCAGGUGGCCGGCCUCCACGAGUCCCAGAACACGUCUCCCACCCCCCCCUCUCUCAUCAUCGUGGACAGACUGGAGGGCUUCCUGGGGGGAAACCACAGUGAGAAUCAGAGCAGCGCUGCACAUCUGUCAGCGCUGCUCUGCGACACUUCCUCCUUCCUCACACACAUCCUGAAACAGCGCUCCCCCUCCUCCGCCCCCUGCCGCCUCAUCGCCUCUUUCAGGUCU